UCAAAGUUAAGACCUCUUAUUGUCGCACCUCGCCUACUUCACUGCGUCCGUUGAACUCCGUGACUACUUCACCCCUCCCGCCCUUGAGCGUCUGGACAAUGGCGCCUCAGAAGCCCGUCACGGAAGUGUCCCGUUCCAUCCUUCCACGGCUGACGUGGAAUGGAUCCUCCGCCGGCGCUCGCAUCACACCACCCAAGACCAGAGCAUUCUCAGCCCGGCAACAGCAGAAGCAGAAGAGCAUCCAGACAUUGUUUCCACCAGGACAUCAGCUACAUACCUCAGCUCUCUUCCGCGCCUCCUCCGGACUCAUCUCCGCAACCUCCCGAGACACCGGCUCAUCCUCGACGAUCGCCAGACAUUUCUCGACACCCGUGAAGCCGGCAACAGGUCGUCCCGCCGUCGACUCCGCCGUCGACCCCAUCAGAUAUAAUGGCGUCUACGUGGCGACCUUCAACCCCGCUCGACGGGCCUUCCACGCGACUCCCUCCCGCCAACGAGACCACCACUUUGAUACCCUGAAGUUCGUGCAGCGGUUAAAGGACGAGGGCUUCAGCGAGGAGCAGGCGGUCGCCAUGAUGCGCGUGCUGAACGACGUCAUCCAGGAGUCGAUCCAGAACCUGACGCGAACAAUGGUCCUGCGAGAAGAUACCGAACGAUCCACAUAUACCCAGAAGGUCGACUUCGCCAAGCUCCGCUCAGAGCUCCUCAACGCCGACUCGACCGAGGCACAGCUGACGCGGUCCUCGCACGAGAAAAUCGCCGCGGACCUCGCAAAGCUCAACUCACGUCUUCGCGAUGAGAUCGGGCGGACGCAAGCCUCCGUCCGGUUGGACCUGAACCUCGAGAAGGGCCGGAUCCGCGAGGAGGCGAACAGCCAGGAGAUGCGAAUUAAGGAGACGGAAACGCGGAUCGAACAGGAAGUGGCUGGUCUACGGGAGCGCGUUGAAGCUGUGAAGUUCUCGACUCUCCAGUGGCUCAUGGGUGUCUGCACCGGUACCGCUGCCCUCAUUUUGGGUGCCUGGCGUCUUCUUAUGUGAGCUGCCGAACGCGAAAUAUCUCUCCUUCCAUCCCUUUUAUCCGAAAUUCAACGAGCGAUGCUGGUCAUUCGAGUCUCUUUUGUAUAUUACUCCAACUUCCCAUGUGGCGCCGUCUACCCUCUAGAAAAUUCGCUUCCGCAAUAUUACUACUUUUUGUCCCAGCACUUUCACAUUGUCUCGUCGAAGGCCAUCCAACGAGGUAUCAU